AUGAAUUUCAGACCAGGACUGACUCUGCGUCCCUCUGCUCUCUCCUCAAAGCUCUCUGUCCCUCUGCUCUCUCCUCAAAGCUCUCUGUCCCUCUGCUCUCUCCUCAAAGCUCUCUGUCCCUCUGCUCUCUUCAAAGCUCUCUGUCCCUCUGCUCUUUCCUCAAAGCUCUCUGUCCCUCUGCUCUCUCCUCAAAGCUCUCUGUCCCUCUGCUCUCUCCUCAAAGCUCUCUGUCCCUCUGCUCUCUUCAAAGCUCUCUGUCCCUCUGCUCUUUCCUCAAAGCUCUCUGUCCCUCUGCUCUCUCCUCAAAGCUCUCUGUCCCCCUGCUCUCUCCUCAAAGCUCUCUGUCCCUCUGCUCACCUUAAAGCUCUCUGUCCCCUCUGCUCACCUCAAAGCUCUCUGUCCCUCUGCUCUCUCCUCAAAGCUCUAUGUCCCUCUGCUCUCUCCUCAAAGCUCUCUGUCCCUCUGCUCUCUCCUCAGAGCUCUCUGUCCCUCUGCUCUCUCCUCAAAGCUCUCUGUCCCCCUGCUCUCUCCUCAAAGCUCUCUAUCCCUCUGCUCACCUUAAAGCUCUACUGUCCCUCUGCUCACCUUAAAGCUCUCUGUCCCUCUGCUCACCUUAAAGCUCUCUGUCCCUCUGCUCACCUCAAAGCUCUCUGUCCCUCUGCUCACCUUAAAGCUCUUUGUCCCUCUGCUCACCUUAAAGCUCUAAGUCCCUCUGCUCUCUCCCCAAAUCUCUCUGUCCCUCUGCUCUCUGCUCAAAGCUCUCUGUCCCUCUGCUCUCUUCAAAGCUCUCUGUCCCUCUGCUCUCUCCUCAAAGCUCUCUGUCCCUCUGCUCUCUCCUCAAAGCUCUGUCCCUCUGCUCUCUUCAAAGCUCUCUGUCCCUCUGCUCUCUUCAAAGCUCUCUGUCCCUCUGCUCACCUUAAAGCUCUCUCUAUCUGUCCCUCUGCUCACCUUAAAGGUCUCUGUCCCUCUGCUCACCUCAAAGCUCUCUGUCCCUCUGCUCACCUCAAAGCUCUCUGUCCCUCUGCUCUCUCCUCAAAGCUAUCUGUCCCUCUGCUCACCUCAAAGCUCUCUGUCCCUCUGCUCACCUUAAAGCUCUCUGUCCCUCUGCUCACCUCAAAGCUCUCUGUCUCUCUGCUCACCUUAAAGCUCUCUGUCCCUCUGCUCACCUCAAAGCUAUCUGUCCCUCUGCUCACCUUAAAGCUCUCUGUCCCUCUGCUCACCUCAAAGCUCUCUGUCCCUCUGCUCACCUCAAAGCUCUCUGUCCCUCUGCUCACCUUAAAGCUCUCUGUCCCUCUGCUCACCUUAAAGCUCUCUGUCCCUCUGCUCACCUCAAAGCUCUCUGUCCCUCUGCUCACCUUAAAGCUCUCUGUCCCUCUGCUCACCUCAAAGCUAUCUGUCCCUCUGCUCACCUUAAAGCUCUCUGUCCCUCUGCUCACCUCAAAGCUCUCUGUCCCUCUGCUCACCUCAAAGUCUCUUUCUACCCUCUGUUUCGCCACAGGCUCCUGGUUUGACACUACAUCUCUGUAA